AUGGCCACCGUGCCUCCGCCCACGAAUCCCAACCUCAUUAGCACCCCUCGCGCCCUACUUUCGACCCUCACGUCAUUUCUCGCCGUCACAACCCACCAAAUCCUCUACCUCCGCCGAAUAUACCCUCCAGCCUCAUUCCUCACUACCCGUGCAUACAACCACCCAGUCCACCAAAACCGGCACCCCGCGGUAUGCAGCUGGAUCAACGACGCUAUAGCGGCAGUCGGCGAGCAGCUCGCCAAAACUACCGUCUCGCAUGUUUCGCUCUGCAUCCACGAGCUCGAUACCAACGCCGUCCUCGAGCGCUGGACCUUUGACUUGCACUCACUCCCCACUGUAGCGCGACGGGACCGAGACGUGCCGUUCGCUUUCGCCCCAUCUGACGAUGCCGAUGCCGACGCCGAUCAAGACCAACAGCAGCAGGAGCAGCAGCUCCCGCAAAAGCUGAACCUCACCGACCUCGAAGCGACUUUCCGCGCCUGCCUCAGUCGCCUGUCCAGCACCACCGCACGGUUAAAGCCACUGCCCUUCGGCCCAGACGCACCGGAGCUGACCUUCACCCUCACCAUCGAGCUGCGACCCAACGCCGACAGGCCCGUGGGACGUCUUGACGAGGCCGAGCGGCGGUGGAUCGUCGCGGAAGAAGACCCAGUGCUUCCGAUACCAGCCGUCGCUACGAACGACAGCACCAGCGCAGGGGGUGAAGGGAAGACCGCUCGGGCCAAGACGCACCCCAUCCGCCGCCUGUCUGCGGCGCCGCUGCACAUUGAGAUGUGGGUAGAAGAGUCGGCACACAAGUUGUCUCUCCCGGCCACGGCAACGGGUUCCUCACGGCGAGACGCGGCGACACGGGCAGCGGAGACGAGUUUCGGUGCCGGGACGGAGAAAUUUGACCCUCUGAACGGCUACGAGGAUCUAGAGGGCACGGAUCUGAACCGCAAGCCCGGCGGCGGCGCCAUGACGGAUUACCAGCGCAUGUAG